AUGCAUAGACGUAAUACUGAAAUAUUCAAAAAUCCAAUUCAUCUUAUUCGACCACUUACAGUCGAUCCAACUCGACAAUUACAACGACGUAAAAAUAAUGAUGUAAAAACAAAUGAACGUCGUCCAAAAACAGGUGGAAUAGAAACAACAUAUACAUAUACUAAUUUAGAUGAUGAUAUUGAUCAAUAUCGUGAUCAUUCAUGUAUUGGAAUGUAUAAAUAUGUUUGUAAAUAUGAACAAAUAGUACCUGUUGGACAGUAUUUAAAAAAUUAUGAUAAAAAAGAUUUAUUAAUGCAUUAUUAUGGUUUAGGCUCAAAAGGUAUGCGAGCAUUUCUACCAAGUUUAACAAUGAAUACAUAUAUAACUAAACUUGAUUUAACAAGUAAUGGUCUUGGUGAUAAAGGUGUUAUUUAUUUAUCACAAAUUCUUCGUGAUAAUGUUGCAAUAGCUGAUAUUAAUCUUUCACAAAAUUUUAUUGGUAUUGAUGGUACUCGACAAUUAUGUGAUAUGUUUAGAGAUAAUGUAACAAUUAAUCAUUUAAACCUUGAAGGAAAUUUAUUAAAUGAUGAAUGUGCUCGUCUAUUAGCUGAACUUAUUUCAAGUACUGGACAAUUAUAUACAUUAAAUUUGGCAAAAAAUAAACUAGGAUCAGCAAGUGGUAUUUUCUUAGGUCAAGCUCUUGCUGAAAAUACAACAAUGAAAUCUCUUGAUCUCAGUUGGAAUUCUAUAAAUGGUAAAGGUGCUGUUGCAUUAAUUAAAGGCAUUCAAGAAAAUCUUUUUCUUAAAAUAUUAAAUUUGGCUCAUAAUGGUUUAGCAGGAGCUGAAUGUGGUCGUGCCUGGUUCAAUGCUUUCAAAGAGAAUACUACACUUGUUGAACUUGAUAUAAGUCACAAUCGUUUAGCAACUGAACCAGCUACAUACAUUGGUCGUGGUAUUGCUAAAAGUGAAAGUUUACAAAUAAUACGUUUAACAGGAAAUCCACUUGAAUCAGCUGGAUGUUAUGCUAUUCUUAAACCACUUAUAGCAAAAGAUGCAACACCAAAUAAACUUGAACUUAUUGAUUUAACAGAAAUUCGAUUGAAUCAUGAUUGUCAAGAGAUUUACUUACAAGUAAAAGGUCAACGUCCUGAAAUUCGUAUUUUAAUUGGUCUGAUAGUACCGCCACCAUUACUAAAAAGUAAUCAUCGUUUUCCACUAUCACCAAUGGAAAGAUUACAUACACUUUUUCAACGUCGUCCUGAACUUGAUUUAGCAAAUUUUUUUUACUCUGUUGCUACUACAGAUGAUAAAACAUCUAAUAAUCGAAUAACAGAUCAUGUUCAAUUGAAACAAGCAAUUCAAGAAAAACUGAAUGCUCAAUUUUCUGAUGCCGAUAUUGAUCGAAUUUUAAAAGAAAUAGUUCAAUUUGAUUGCAAGAAAUUUAUACAAACUUUUGAUAAUAAACCAUCGACAGUAAGUUUAUCAUCAUCAUCAUGGCGUUUCAAAUGUUAA